AUGCAUCUUCUCACAUUUGGCCUAAUUUCCUUCGCGCUUUCUGGAGCGGCGGCGUUGACAUCUCUACCCCUCAACAUCACCGCCCUCACCACCCGCGAUGGCUACUCCGUCAUCGAGUGCUGGCAACUAUCCUCCAUCCCAGUCGAAGCGCGGGCAGCCCUGAAUUACGAAGUCGGCGGCGACAUGACGCGCGCAGAAUGGUCCAUAAUCCGACCCAGGACAACGGUUGGUGAGGCCUGGGCGCCGGCAGUGCAGCUGAGCAUCAUCCUGAACGGAAUGAUUCGCAUUACAUCCCCCGCCCCGAAAAACAACUCACAGGCAAUGCCUCUACCGGGGUCAGAUGGCCCUCAACCGCCGGAGACAACGGUGGCAUACAUCCAGCCCGGGACGGUGUCCUCGUCGAUGCUGAUCGCGGCGGACAUGAAGAACACGAGCGUGCACGCGGGCCACUUCACCGAAUUCCCGGGCGACGAGCCGACCGUGCUGGUACAGAUCCCGUGGGCCGGGAACACGGCGCCGGAGCACACCGUCCUGGGCGACGGGCCGUGUGAGAGAGGGACGUGGACGUUCUGA